UUCGCUGUCCGGCCUUUCCUUCAUUAAAAUAUUAUUCCGUGUGUAGAGAGAGAGAGAGCCGCGGAACCCGGCGAGCCCUCGCCGCCGUUUUCACGCCACGAACAACGCACUCUCGCCACCCCCUCGUCACAGGCCUCGCAUCGUUCGCGUUUACCGAGGGGUUGAACCGUGGACGCGCGGAGUUGCUUUUUUUCUGACUGCCGGAACGCCACGCUCGCUAAGGAUUAUCGGCAAGUCCGCGUUGCGUGUACGAAGUGCUGAAAACGGUGUUUCCUCCACAGUGCACGACUUGUUUUCGGGUUCGUUCUAUUAUCCAUUAGCCGGGUUUGUGAGCGGGGUGCGCAGGACUAGUGUCGAAAGGAAACAGGGAACCGGCCCCCAAGGAUCCAACAGCUAGUCAGGGAUCGCUUGGAUCGCCGAACAACCGGAAACAUAACGCGAACGUCCGAAUGACCGACCGUGAUCGCCGACAGAUUCUAAAUCCUCUAUUUCGCGGCGUGUUGGACAACGAGUGUCGAAGUGUCGGGACGUGCAAGAAUCUCUGAAAGGAUAGGUAGCGUAGUGUCAAAAUCCUCUCGACUCGCGAAGGUGAUUGUUCUCCGUGAUAGGCUCGUAGACGUUACUAAAAAAAAAAUAAAAACUGUGUGUGGUGCUUUGAAACGAAUCAUUCCUAUUCUCUGCGUUCCUAUCCGCGUCAACUUACGCGCAUCUUCUUAUACGUUUUCUAUUUGUCCGUGUCACGAAGGACCGCGCGCAAGAGAGAUAUAAAAAAGUGUCCGGACCUCUGAUUAAUCUGUAGUUGUUCGCCAGUAAAGUUCUAUCGUGUUUGGAGAGAUACAGUGUGUCGAGGGUAACAGUGCAACUGCUGCUUGAAGGGAAACUGGCAGCUCGCGGGAUAUGAACCCAGGUACGACCUGGGGUUGUGUCGGGGUAGCUAGUAAAGCAUCUGUUGGUGGCGGAAAGGAGAUUUCGACGAACGGAGAGCAAACGACGAAGGCGGGGAGCACGUUUGGUAGGAGAAGAAGAAGAAGAAGAAGAGGAAGUCGAGAAAGUGUAGGCGCAGGCGCCUUAGGUGAUGUGAGGCUGGCGCCCGCCUCACGUUUGGGGUGAUGCCCUCCAGUGAGCCUCAUCCCCCCCAGUACCACCUUCAGCAUCACACCAUUCCUCCCUCGCAUCUUCAACAACAUACGUCGAGCGCGAUCGGGCAACAUCAGCUUUACCAGCAGCUGGUGGCGGCCCAUCAUCAGCAACAGCAACAACAACAACAACAGCAACAGCAACAGCGACAGCAGCAACACGGCGGGCUUUUCCAAAAUUCCACGUACACGCAACAGAAGCAGGAGAUGAGCCCGGAGGAGGAGGGGGGUCGAGGGGGCGGGUCCCCCCCGGCAGCAGGGGCUGCACUACAUCAGCCUCAUCACCCCCGGACUGCUAGUCCACCCUCAGGCACGGAACCCUGCACUCGCGAUGCUAUACCGACGCCCACGCCGAUCGCAGAUACUACCACAACAACUACAACUACUAUGACAAUGCAGUCGCAAGGGCAACAGCAGGAACAACAAGGUCCUAGUCCUAGUCCCAGCCCAACGGGGGGCGAUGUUGAGAAAUUUGAUGGAAAGAUUGUCUAUAAUCCUGACGGCUCGGCAUAUAUUAUCGAGGGAGAGAGUGAGCUCAGCGAAGAUGAUUCGCUGCCGGACGGUUGUAUCGUAGAUGGGCGCGGUGUUUCGGUUCCUCAUUCUUUAGUAUUUCCUCAGAUCGCGAGCGCGUAUUACGUGUCAAGAUUGUACGCGCAUCAGGCUUAUCAGCAGCAGCAGCAGCAACAGCAACAACGUUCGGCGGUGCAACAGCACAAUCCCGAUCUUCCUGUGAUGCACAGUUAUCGAGUGAUUAGUUACAGAAGCGCGGAGGGUAGUAAACAACCGCCUCCACCUCCGGCUACUCCUCCAUCUCCAGCCGCGUCGGUACCUGUAAAACCUAUUCUAAUGUGCUUCAUAUGCAAACUCAGUUUUGGCUACGCGAAAAGUUUCGUAGCACACGCACAGGGCGAGCACCAACUUACCUUGAUGGAAGACGAAAGGCAGAUACUUUCGCAUUCGACCGCAUCGGCUAUUAUUCAAGCUGUGGGUAGAGGAAAACAACCGUUGGUCAGUUUUCUCGAACCCGUUACGAGCUCCACGUGUCCGCAGCCGUCGCCUGUGCAGAUGCAAAGUCAACAGCAACAGCAACGUUCCGAAUCCAACGAUCAUGAAACACCGACAACGACUAGUACCCCUGCCAGUACCCCUGGAGUACCGAGUAGUCCCCAACAGCAACAGCAGCAACAACAGAGGCCGUCCUCCAGUACUCCUACGACACCCACGUCCCAUUCGAAUCAUCCUCUCGCGUACAAUCAUCAACAACCACAGCAACAUCAGUGGACCGGUGCUCAAGUUAGUGCUGCAUCGUGGGCCAAAGCACCCGAAACUGCUGGCAUUCAUUAUACUUCGCCGCCACCGCAGUCUUCGUCGACGAAAGGAUCACCGUCUUCUUACGCCUCUUUGACCCAACAACCACCGAAUUUUUUGACGGGUACGACCAUCGGUGUCUGUCCAGAGCAUAUGCAGGGUAGGCCUAGCGGAGUCGAGUGUCCGAAAUGCGAACUUAUAUUAGCAAGCAGCAGAUUGGCUGGUCCAGGUGGUCCACUAGCUGGGAUUCACAGCCGGAACUCGUGUAAAACGUUAAAAUGUCCAAAAUGUAAUUGGCAUUACAAGUACCAAGAAACUCUGGAGAUACACAUGAAAGAGAAGCAUCCAGAGAGCGAAACCUCUUGCAUUUAUUGCAUCGCUGGUCAACCACAUCCUAGAUUAGCUCGUGGCGAGACAUAUACCUGCGGAUACAAGCCUUACAGGUGCGAAGUAUGCAACUAUUCUACCACGACGAAAGGCAAUCUCAGUAUUCAUAUGCAAAGUGACAAGCAUUUAAACAACAUGCAAGAGCUUCAGCAGGGUAGCGGUGGCAGUUCAAGCGCGAACAAUCCAUCUUCUUCUCAGGACGCGCCAAUGCCAACGAGAAGUCCGCAUCACCAGCAAAAUCAUAGUCCGCAUAUCACUGGCCAGGUCGGAAAUCAAGGUAAACCGAAACCAACGUUUCGUUGCGACGUGUGCAACUAUGAAACCAACGUCGCUCGAAAUUUGAGGAUACACAUGACUAGCGAAAAACAUACGCACAAUAUGCUGGUUCUACAGCAGAACGUGAAACACAUGCAAACUUUAUCGGCGCUACAGUCCCAUCAUCAACAGGCUCAACAUCAUCAUCAGCAAGCGCAACAGCAGCAUCAACAGCAGCUCGAGCAGUUGCUUCAUUUGGGCGGUUUGGACAAACCACAGCACGCGGAAGCAGCUUUGGCAGAUAUGGCUUACAAUCAGGCUCUGUUAAUUCAGAUGAUGACCGGUGGACAGUUACCACCGCAACUUCCACCGGAAAUUAUGGGUGGUAUGGCGAGUAUGAGUGCGAUGGGCAAUCUUGGCGGAGACGUUGGUCUCUCACCGGACAGCAUGGAUCCACCACCCGAGCCAGCUGACCCUGAUCCAUCUCAUCUUUAUCAUUGCUGCGUUUGUAAUAAUUUCGCGACGGAUUCGUUGGAAGCGUUGGGUCAUCAUUUGGCCGUCGACAGGACCAGAACGCGCGAAGGCGAAAUUCUUGCGUUGGUGGCUGGCCAUUUCGUCUGUAAACUUUGUUCCUAUAAAACUAACUUAAAAGCGAAUUUUCAACUCCACUGCAAAACUGAUAAGCACCUCCAACGUCUGCAGCACGUGAAUCACGUGAAGGAGGGUGGGCCUAGAAACGAGUGGAAACUCAAGUACCUGGCCUCACCUACUAGCGCCCCGCAAUUACGCUGUCACGCAUGCGAUUAUUACACGAAUAGUGCCCAUAAAUUGGCCUUGCACGCUGCAUCGCCCAGACACGAAGCCGCAGCUCUACUUCUUCGUCACCUGUUAGAAGCAAGUGCCAAUGUGCCAUCACAGGCGAAACUGUAUCAUUGCGCGCUCUGCGGAUUCAGUGCAAGACACAGGUUGCCGCUUCUGCAGCAUGUUCGAUCUUUAAGGCAUCUUCAGAUGGAACAGUUGCAUCAGUUACAUCGACGAAGCGGAAUUCAAGGAAACGAGACACCGCAUACCGACAUCGGUGAUGUUUUUCAAGUUAUGAGCGAUCCGGACGUUCCAUCUGCGCAACAACCCAGUCCCACUACACCGACCACUCCGAAUGCUACUAAUGUUAAUAGUGAACGCCGAGAGGAAGGUAGCGAUUGUGGUAGCGAGGUGAAGCAAGAGCCAGACAACGAUCAAGAACCGGAACAAGAACCAGAGACCGAACAGGAGGAAGUCACCUGUCCAUAUUGCACUUAUCAACCGACAUCACGCGAAGAAUUAAGGCAGCAUUUGCAAGUGGCUCAUGUCCAAGAUUCCGAGGACAAAGUAGAGGCUGUAAAGGAAGAACCAGCUCCGGAAUUGUUGUGUCCGCUAUGUCAAGAUAGCUUCAAAGAGCGUUCCGCUUUGGAGAAACACGUGAUGCAAAUUCACUCGGUGAACGCUGACGGCUUACAGCGGCUGUUGCUUUUAGUGGAUCAGAGCCACUGGUUGAACAACAAUCCCAGAAACACUUUAACCCCAGCAGCGACUACGCCAACGUCCCCGACCACGACCACGAAGCCGGUGCAAGAAGAAGAAAUGAGCGAACGCAGUAUGAACGAAGAAAUCGAGGAAAUCACAAGAUGCACCAUUUGUGGACGCGUGUGUCGCUCUUUGGAGGAGCUGCAACAACACCACAGGGAAAUCCAUCCGGCUACUACACCUACGCUAGCAGUUAGCGAGAAACACGUCUACAAAUAUCGAUGCGGUCAAUGUAGUCUCGCGUUCAAGACUUUAGAGAAACUGCAACAACACUCACAGUAUCAUGCUAUCAGAGAUGCGACGAAAUGUGCGUUGUGCGGCCGAUCAUUUCGUUCGGUUCAGGCACUUCAAAGACAUCUUGAAUCUGCACACGCGGAUCUGCACGAGGACGAACUCGCACAAUACAAGCAGAGUUUGCUGCAUGCUCACCCUCUGCUUCUGGCACUAACCGAGGAAGCUCUACGUAGGCAAGGUAACUUGAGCGGGGAACAGAACGUGGAGGACGAUACUAGCAAGGCGGACGAGGAAGAGAGCGACGCGAGCGAUUCUUCGCCGCUGCAUAAGGAACAACGUCUUUUGGAGGACUAUUUGAAUAGUCAAACGGUUGCCGAAGAUUCUUACCACGAUCCGGGUAGAAAGUUCAAGUGUCACCGCUGCAAAGUAGCCUUCACGCGGCAGAGCUAUUUAACUGGACACAAUAAAACGCUAUUGCAUCGUAAAGGAGAGAAGAUGUCUUAUCCGAUGGAGAAGUACUUGGAUCCGAAUAGACCUUACAAAUGUGACGUUUGCAAGGAGAGCUUCACUCAGAAAAAUAUACUGUUGGUUCACUAUAACAGCGUUAGCCAUUUACACAAAUUGAAGAGAGCCAUGCAAGAACAGGGUAAUAAUAACACUCUGAUCUCCGUUGUACCACCUGCUAGUCCAACAGAAUCACCCGAUUCGCAACAAGACCAGGACAAGAAGCCUUACAAAUGUAAUAUCUGCAAGGUAGCAUACUCUCAAGGUAGUACUUUGGAUAUUCACAUGAGAAGCGUGCUGCAUCAAACGAGGGCCAGUAAACUGCCAGAUCUCGCUGCCAGCGGUCAAUUAGACCUUGCUCGGCCAUUAAUCGAACAACCACCACCAACGAGUCCAAAUAGUUCGCCCGUUAACACAAAUGCUGGUAACACAGGGUCUAUGUUAUCCUGUCCGCGAUGCAGCGCUCUGUUCGUGAAUCAAGAGCAACUCGCUACACAUCAACAACUUUACUGCAUCUUUAGCAAUCCAUUGGCGUUGUUUCAACAAUUGGCAGCUUCGCAACAACUCGCUUCAUCUGCUCCUGCUAAAACGCCACCGCCGGUAUCUACGACACCAGGUCCUCAACAGCAUAUGCAGCAAAGUACACAGCACUCGUCGCAAACGACGCAAGAUAUACUAUCGCAGCCACGUCACAAAACAUCGCAGAUGUACAAGCAUCUGUUGGAGAGUUUCGGAUUCGAUCUAGUAAUGCAGUUUAAUGAGAAUCAUCAGAGGCGUCAACGAAAAGAGGAGGAGGCUGCCGCCGCGCUGCAAGCUCAACAACAGCAACAGAAACAAGAGCAGCAGAAACAAGCUCUUGCUGCCCAAGCUGCACGCGAAAGAGAAGAAGAAGCUGAGGAGCAAAUUGACGACGAUGUUAUACCGGAAUUAACUAGGAGCACUUGCCAGCAUUGUAAUAAAGAAUUUAGUAGCGUGUGGGUUCUCAAAGCACACUGCGAGGAGGUACAUCGUGAUUUGGUGCCCCGUGAGUUUCUGGAGAAGUAUGCUCAACAAUUCAAAUGCGAAUACGAGAAGAAAAGUGUCGUGGUAACCGUUGCAACAUCUUCGUCCACGUCUUCUGGGCCGAGAAGCUCCACACCCGCAUCUGGUCAGGUUCAGGACGUUGUUUCGGAGAAGGAGCAACGCGAAAAAGAAAAGGAUGAUCCUAUCGAAAACAAGGAUCGUGUUAGCAAAACUCCAGAAGCUACUUCAACUACUCCAGCAUCGACUCCAGCGUUAAGUAAUACACCGUUGUCGAGCACAGAUUCAACUACGCCUACUGUGUUGCCAAUAAAUUCAUCUCUCCAUAUUCAACAAACACAACAACAACAGCAGCAACAGCAGCAGCAGCAACAACAGCAACAGCAACAGCCGCCACAGCCACAGCAGCAACAACAGCAACAGCAACAACAACAACAGCAGCAGCAUGCUCAGUUAACUUUGGCUCAACAAAUGUCUGAAAUGCAAGCUGCUUUAAACGCCAUGGCUGCUUCUCAGCUGCAACAACAACUACAACAAUAUCCUGGAUUGAUGAUGGGUAUGAUGGGGCUACCUCUUGGAUUAAAUGUACCUGCUUUAGCUGCCAUGAAUCUUCAACCACCAUUAGUACCAAUGAUGUUACCACCACCUCCGUAUGAUGGAGCAGCCACCGCAUAUCCACCUAUCAAUGCUCAAGCUGAUCUUCUUGCUAAACAACAUCUCGCUUUGCAACAACAACAAGCAGCUGCCGCUAACGUAGCUGCUUCUCAGAAACGAGCACGAACUCGCAUCACGGAUGAACAACUUAAGAUACUGCGAGCACAUUUCGAUAUUAAUAAUUCCCCUGGUGAAGAACAGAUACUAGACAUGGCAGCACAAAGCGGAUUACCGCCGAAAGUGAUUAAGCACUGGUUCCGGAACACGUUAUUUAAAGAACGACAACGUAACAAAGAUAGUCCUUAUAACUUCAACAAUCCUCCUAGCACCACUUUGAAUCUCGAAGAAUAUGAAAAGACUGGGGAGGCAAAAGUUACUCCGUUAAAUUCUAGCGUGUCUGGAAGUAGUUCCUCCGACGACAAAAGUCCGAAUAAACAGGCAACUCCUCCGCCAUCGACAACAAUCAAUACAUCUCAGGCUAGCGAGAUAAAGCAGGAGAUUCAGGAACAACCGCCGUGCCACAUUCAGCAGCAGUCGCAGCAUCAAGAAGAGCAGCAGCAUCAUUCGCCAGGGAGUUCGGGUGGACAGCAGUCUAGGCCACAUUCUCCGGCCCUCAGCAUGAGUUCAGUUUUUUCCGGCAUUCAUCAUGACGUCUCAUCACAUGCUCCAUCAACGACCAAUACGCCAACCACACCUAUGUUACCACCAAAAUUAGCACCGCAGAAUUUUGCUAGCCCCAAUCCUGGACCAGGUGGCGUUGUACCGGGCGCCAUUGCGGCAAUGGCUUUGACCCCUCAAAGAUCUCUGAGCCCUGGACGUGGACCGACUGAUUACUCUUUUGGGGGGAGUACCAACGGAAAUAGUUCCUCUAGCAGCAGCUCUGGAAAACGGGCAAACCGGACUAGAUUCACCGAUUAUCAAAUCAAAGUUCUUCAAGAGUUCUUUGAAAACAACGCAUACCCGAAGGACGACGAUUUAGAAUACUUGAGUAAGCUUCUCGGAUUAAGUCCGCGUGUGAUUGUGGUGUGGUUUCAAAACGCUAGGCAGAAAGCUCGUAAGGUAUACGAGAAUCAACCCGCUGCCGAACCAGUGACAACUGGCAACCGUGAAGGCGACGAUGGCUCAGGUCGCUUUCAACGAACGCCAGGCUUAAACUACCAAUGCAAAAAGUGUCUAUUGGUAUUUCAAAGAUAUUACGAACUCAUUCGUCAUCAGAAGACGCACUGUUUUAAGGAGGAGGAUGCUAAAAGGAGCGCUCAAGCACAAGCUGCUGCGGCUCAGGUUGCCGCGGUUUUAAGUUCCGAAGAUAGUAACAGCAGUUCUACAACGACCACAGCGAAUCCUAUACCUAGUAAUCCAACUACUGCGCCUGCUCUCGCAGAACAGCUUCAGCAACCGUUAAGCACCACUACGUCUCCCCACCAUCAACAACAAACGGUGACUCAGUCUCUUCAGCAGUCCCAACAACAAACACAGCAGCAGCAGCAGCAACAACAACAGCAACCACAACAGACACAGUCCCAAUCCGAGUCGAAGGAAGGUAGCUUUCAGUGCGACAAAUGCAAUCUGAUGUUCGGACGAUUUGAACAAUGGAGAGAACAUCAGCUGGUACAUAUCAUGAACCCGUCCUUAUUCCCACCGGCGUAUCCACCAGACUCACCUUUUGGAAUCCUACAACAGCAAGCACUGAACGCUACCUCCAGCGUAGCUACGGACACUCCUCAUCCACUUCUCGCGAUGAUGCAAGAUAGGAAGAGGAAAUACGAAGAUUUCGAGGAGGGGACUGGAGGCGAGUCCCGAUCAAAUUCCGAACAUAGUGAACAGCCUAAAGACAAACGUUUGAGAACGACCAUACUUCCAGAACAGUUGGAUUAUUUAUAUCAAAAAUAUCAAGUCGAAUCCAAUCCAUCGAGGAAGAUGCUGGAGACUAUCGCGCGCGAGGUCGGUUUGAAAAAACGGGUUGUUCAAGUAUGGUUCCAAAAUACUCGUGCUCGUGAACGGAAGGGUCAAUUUCGAGCGCACAGCCAAGUGAUCAAUAAACGUUGUCCGUUUUGCCCGGCGCUGUUCAAAGUAAAAUCCGCUUUAGAAUCACAUCUCAGUAGUAAACACGCUGACCAGGUUGCCCGAGGCGAGGUUAAUAUCGAUAAUAUCCCCGACGAAGAACUCUCAAUGGAAUCUGUACCCUCGAAUCCAAGCACACCGAACAUGAUGCCACCGUUGUUCCCACCUUUCAACACCGAUAUGGAAGCAUCCUUGAAGAAGUACUAUGAAGAGUCAAUGAAACGAUACAUCAGCGAGUUGCAGGCACACGCCAGUAAUGGCAAACAAGAAGCAACAAAUCAUCAGGCGGGUAGCAACAGCGGCGAAACUCCUUUGGAUUUGAGCAAACCGGUCGAUCUCAGUCGUCCGAUGAAAUUGAGUCUCGGAUUGAGCAAUUUGUUAGAAGAACAGCAACAUGGCGCACAUUUCCGCGGUGGUAGCGACUGCGGUCCACUGACCGAUCUUUCCGAACGAAGUAUUUGCGACGAUGACAGUAUGAGCGAAACCACAGAAUUUCUAGAUGACGAGAGUGGACCAGCGAGUCCAGCUUCGAGUACACAGAGCUCGAGACAAGGAUCUGCUUCUGCAGGAACUGGAAGUACUGCGGGUCCACCGGCGACUGGUACCGGUAGCGGAACUGGCCAACAAAGUGGCAAGAGAUAUCGCACUCAGAUGUCAGCCACUCAAGUGAAGGUGAUGAAGUCACUGUUCUCGGAUUACAAAACACCGACGAUGGCCGAGUGCGAGAUGCUCGGUCGCGAGAUCGGUCUGCCAAAGCGUGUGGUUCAGGUCUGGUUCCAGAAUGCCCGUGCAAAGGAGAAAAAGGCUAGAUUGGCGGCAGGUUUGCCAGCCGAGGGCUCAGCUGUCCAACCACAUCGUGGACCAACUGGGCCCGACGAAUGUAGACUCUGCUCAGUCCGAUACUCGGCCAAGUCGCCGCUUCAGGAACAUGUUUUCUCGCGACGACACAUCGAGUCGGUGCGUGUUGCCGUCGAAGAAGGCAGUCUCGUGCCACCAACACCCGGCGCACCGAUCGUUCCUGGCGGCAACAGUGGCACAGCAGGAAUCGGCAAUUCGCCGGUGGUCGGAGCCACUAAUCAGCAAGCUGCCCAGCAGCAGCAGCAGCAGCAAUCGGACGAAAACAUGAUGUACGGAUCCUUGUUCCUCCAUCCUACGGCGAUGUUCCAGCCACAGCAACAACAACACCCGGGCGCCGCAACGGCUAGCACUGCUACCACCACGGCCGGUGAGUGUCUGGCUGACCUCUUAGACUCCUAAGCGACCGUUCUACCGCAUUUCGUUCGAAAUUCUUAUCUCAUUUAACGCGACUCGUGUUCUUCCAAUAAUCGGUUCGAUGGAAAACGUUGUCGAGUUGAGAACGCGACUGAUUUCAUACUUUCAACGAUAAAUUAACUUCCGAACAUGUUUGAUGCGUCGACGUUUAUUUUAACUUUCCCUUCGAGCACGGAAAUGCAUACUUCUAUACUCUCUUUGUGUGCUCUAUCCAAUAUCGUUUUGUAGUAAUAUUGAAUUUCGAACAUGCGCAAGUCACUGUCGUUGUAUGUUGUGCACGUGUCCCUUUAUCGCGUGUAUACGUACCCGUAUUGUUUAAUCUGGCCCGUGUGAUACUCUAGGGGGCCUGUCGAUUAUGGAAUUUAUACGAAAAAUUCGAGGAAUCGUUUAUGUAUAGUGCGAAUAUAAUAUAUCCAGAGCUAGGCAAUACUGAAAGUUCCUAUCAGAUGACUAUUUUAGCGUAAGAGAGAAUGCGAACGAACGAAAGAAGAAACAGAAAGUAUGUGUGAGUGAGAGAAAGUAAGAGAAAGAGUGAGUGAGAGAGAGAAUGGCAUAAAAGUUGAGAGAUGCGUAUUUCAAGCAUUAACUUUUAAAUGAUCGAUCAUCGCCGUCGGACAGAUAGAAAUGAAUAAAGCGUCCCGAUUAUACGUUGCUGUACAGUUAAAGACUAUAUUACAAAUUAUUAGAAACUUUAUUAUUAUAUUUUAUAAUGGAUCCCUAGCACUAUUCAAUUUUGGUUAUUAUUCGAAGCGUUUGAUUCAUUAUAGUAUAGCCAGAAAGAACGGAGAAUAUGUUGCCUUAAUUCCUGCAUAGCGUAACUAUCGUACCCUUAUCUCCCCCGAAACUGCUCGUCCCCUUCUCAUUUCGGUUUUGCAUGAUUAUCGUCGUCAUUAUUUUAUAUCCACAAAGCCAUUCCAACACCUUGUCGUUUCACGUUUAAAAUCUCCAGCUCGUUAUGUUUAAAGCGUUCACUGUAAAUACUUCGCAAAAUCUCUCAUUGUUAUCCGAGGCUCGUAUAUGGCCUGUUUAUCUCGAACAAUCCCGAUUCUGACCUCCGUGAACCAGACAAUCUACCGGAGAGGGGACUCUCUUGCGAAGAACGGAUACAUACAAUAUGUAUACACCUGAAUUUCUCUCUCGCUGUAAUGUCAUUUCACUCGCUUCCCUCUCUUUUCUUUUUACCUUGGCAUCGUCGCAACGAUCCUAUUUGCCGCCACGACGAUAUCGCUCUUAAUCGGGGCUAUUAUUAAUUAUUAUUGUUUUAUACGUUUAGUUAUUUAUGAAUACCCUCGGACCCCUCCCUUCGUCUCCCCUUUUAUGACAGUCACACUCUCGCUUGCCCCCGCGUCAACGAAUCGACUUCUUUAGAAAUACGUCGACCUUGAACAGAGCUCGAGACAUGCGUUCUUUAUUUCUCUCUUUUUCGAUGUAUUUUAUUUCGCGCUAGUUUACAUUCGCGGCCAACGAGGGUGUGCCUCCGCUUUCUUGCUUUUUUCUUUAUCAACACGUCAGACACUUGUACACAAUACGCGUGAUUUCACGCUUGUACACACGGAUUACGCAUCCGAACGAAAGCUUUGUACGCCCUGCAUCGCAUACGUACAUACACAAGAUGAACACACGUAAACGUUACAUUUACACAUUAGAACAUUAGAAUACAUAAUGUUAUGUAUGUCGAUCCCUACUAUUCUUGUGUAUAUAGUUUAUUAUUAAGUAU